AUGGUCCCUUAUGGUGAACCUAUAUACGACUUCUCUGGGGAGAAGGUCUCCACUCACGGGUACAUCAAUCUCCACACCAUUUUUCACGAUGGCACUCAAACCAAAAUAAUCCCUAUCCGCUUCCUUGUCGUUGACGCGCCUACAUCAUGCAAUGUUCUCCUUGGCCGACCAUUCCUCAACACUCUAGGCGCUGUCGUAUGUAUGCCACACUUAGCCAUGAAAUUCCCUACUCCAUCCGGUGACAUCUUUACCAUCCAUGGUGACCAACGGCUCGUGCGCGAGUGCUACAUGGCUAGCCUACGUCCACAACUACCCAUCCUCCAAACAAACAACAUCGAACGCCCACCUGGCUCUGACAUAGCCUUAUCUGAGGAUGACUUGGACCCUAGAAUAGAACGCAAUGCACAUCUCGAACCAGUCGAUGACACUGUACCCUUGGAACUCCCUAAUGGACGCACCCUCAAGCUGGGCACUGGUCUCCAGCAUGAACAGCGUGACAUCCUAACACCCACCCUCAUCAGUAACACCGACCUCUUUGCCUGGUCAACUGUUGACUUGCCCGGUGUCGUCCCUCAAGUCGCGGUCGACAAGCUCUCCAUUUAUAAGGAAGCCAGGUACGUCUCCCAAAAGAAACGAAAGCUGGGCAAAGAGCGUCGACUAGCAGCGAAAGUCGAAGCUGACAAGUUACUCAAGGCCGACUUCAUCGAGGAAGCCCACUACACCACCUGGCUUUCCAUUGUGGUUCUGGUAAAAAAAGCAAAUGACAAAUGGCAAAUGUGCGUCGAUUACACAGAUCUAAAUAAAGUAUGCCCUAGAGACGUUUAUCCCCUACCCACCCUUACAACAAGGUCCUCAGUUUCCUAG